AGUUGCUAUUCAUAGCACAUUGUUAUAGCACGUUUCACUGAACUGCUGUCGUUGAUGAGUGAAUUUUUUUUUUAGUAUAGGUUAGCAUUAUAUUAAUGCUAUGAUAGAGUUUUGCUAAGCGGGAAGCUAAAAUUAGCUUUUCCACGAAACACUUAGUAAAAAUUAGCUAAUAUUUUCUGUUUUCCCUCUCUCUAAUCGGGGUUCCCUCUCUUCUCUCUCAUUUUCCCCCUUUCUCGACAAAACUCUAAGAGAAAUCAAUCUGGAUUCUCCAUCUCCUUCUCUCUCGUUCUCUCUCUAUUUCCAUCUCUGUCUCGAUUCUCCAUCUCCGGUUCUCCAUCUCCGCCUCGAUUCUCCAUCUCCGCCUUGAUUCUCCAUCUCUGAUUCUCCAUCUCCUCCUCGAUUCUCCAUCUCCUCCUCGAUUCUCCAUCACUCUCCUUCAUCGCUGCUUCUCCCAGCUCCGAUUCAACUCCUGUUCUACAUCUCUUAGGUAUAGGAAGUCACAAUUUCGAUAUCUCUGUCAGUGUUAAGCUGAAAUCGAAGUUUAAUUUUUUUGCUUUAAUUUCUUGGUUGCUUUGAUAUGUUGGUUGCUUUGAUUUCCUGUUUUAUUCCAGUUAUCUUUUUAUUUGGUUGGUAUCGUUUCAUGCUCUGAAUAUUUUUGCUAUAUCAUUACAUCCUCUGACUCUUAUGUGUUAUGUUAUAAGUUCGUUUUGUUACAAAAGGUUUCAACUUAGGUUCGAACACAGCAUUAUGGACAAAGCUUGGGUACAUCUAAACAGAGUUGAUCCUGGAUAUGAGAGAGGGGCUUCAAAGUUUGUCCGGGAUGUGGCUUCAGCAAUGGGAGGGGUUGAUGUUAUUGUAUGUCCGUGUAUUGACUGCCGUAACAUAGUUCGACAUUCAGCAAGUGUGGUACUUGAUCAUCUUGUUACUAGGGGUAUGGAGGAGGGUUAUAAGAUGCGGGCUGAUUGGUAUGUACAUGGAGAGUUGAACACAGAGGUUGCUGAUGAAAGCAAAGGAAGUGAGUGGAACGAUGAGAUCUAUGGGUUGUUCAGAGCUGCUGAGUGUUUUGAUGAAGAGUUAGCUGGUAUGGGGAAUCUAUCUGAUAUGGCAGAGGGAGAGGACAAGAAAGAAGAUGAGUUCUUGGCAAAGCUAGCUGACGCUGAAACACCAUUGUAUCCGAGCUGUUCAAGCCAUAGCAAGUUAUCUGCAAUUGUUUCGUUGUUCAGAUUGAAGACUCAGAAUGGAUGGUCUGACAAGAGCUUCAAUGAUUUGCUAGAGACCUUGCCAGACAUGUUACCUGAAGAAAAUGUCUUGCACACAUCACUCUAUGACGUGAAGAAGUUCUUGAAAUCAUUUGACAUGGGCUACGAGAAGAUCCAUGCUUGUGGCAACGACUGCUGCCUAUUCAGAAAGAGGUUCAAGAAGCUCGAUAAGUGUCCUAAAUGCAAGGCUUCAAGGUGGAAGACUAAUGUUCACACGGGUGAGACGAAGAAAGGCGUCCCACAGAAAGUUCUCCGUUACUUCCCUGUAAUACCAAGACUGAAGAGAAUGUUCCGGUCUGAAGAAAUGGCCAAGGAUUUGAGGUGGCACUUUACCAACAAAAGCAGUGAUGGAAAGCUGCGUCAUCCUGUUGAUUCUGUGACAUGGGAUCAUAUGAAUGCCAAAUACCCUACGUUUGCAGAUGAAGCAAGGAACCUGAGGCUGGGACUUUCAACAGAUGGAUUCAAUCCAUUCAACAUGAAGAACUCGAUGUACAGUUGCUGGCCUGUUCUGCAAGUUAACUACAACUUACCUCCAGACCUGUGCAUGAAGAAGGAGAACAUCAUGCUUUCUUUGCUGAUUCCUGGUCCACAUCAGCCUGGUAAUAGCAUAGAUGUGUAUUUAGAACCCCUAAUCGACGAUCUUAACACUCUGUGGAGCAUUGGAGAGGUAACAUACGACGCUCUUACUCGAUCAGCUUUAACACUAAAGGCGAUGCUGCUUUGGACAAUCAGCGAUUUUCCAGCUUAUGGGAAUCUAGCAGGCUGCAAAGUAAAGGGAAAAAUGGGAUGUCCGUUAUGUGGAAAAAAUACAGAGAGCAUGUGGUUGAAGUUCAGCAGAAAGCAUGUGUAUAUGGGUCAUAGAAAGGGUUUGCCACCAACUCACAGUUUUAGAGGAAAGAAGAAAUGGUUUGAUGGAAAAGUAGAACAAGGGAGAAGGGGAAGAAUACUUACUGGGACGUGCAAAGCAGACUAAACGUGGAAGGAGACAAGC